CAUUUAGCACUUGAGCAGGGUGGACAUAUCUACAACUGAACGGUUUGCUUUCAUUUUUCCUCUUAGCCUGUAAAGAGGGAUCACCUUUGCUGGAAGCUUCAUUGUGUUCAAGCUUCAAGGAUGUACUUUGAUUUCUUUUCAUCUGGCAGUGUUUUUUAGAGGUCUACAUUUUUUUUUAAUUAGAGUAAUAUUUCAUUUUUCUUGAGGAGAACAAACAUUACAUACUUUAAACAGAUUAUACAAAUCAGACACCUUUAAAGGCUGCUGUCACUAUGUCAGCAGACAUGAAUGAAGAGAGUCCAAUGCUGAAAAGAAGACUAACAUCAUCUGAAUCCAAGAUUAGUAACUCCAAACUGUUCCUGGCCGUUUUCUCAGCCGUCCUGGGGAACUUCAACUUUGGUUACUCCUUGGUCUACUCGUCCCCCGUCCUGCCAAAGCUCAAGAGCCCCGAUGCUGACCCUCGGCUCAGGAUGGACACGGAGCAGGCCGCUUGGUUCGGCUCAAUCUAUACACUGGGUGCAGCGGCCGGUGGGCUGGGGGCCAUGCUACUCAACGACCUGAUUGGACGGAAGCUGAGCAUCAUGAUGUCAGCAGUGCCGUCGACUAUUGGAUACAUGCUGAUGGGAGGGGCUGUGAACUUGUGGAUGCUCCAUGUGGGCCGUUUCCUUACAGGUGUCGCUGGUGGGAUGACUGCGGCAUCCAUUCCUGUGUACAUCUCAGAGAUCUCUCACAAAGCAGUGAGGGGAGCUCUGGGCUCCUGUCCUCAGAUCACUGCUGUGUUUGGGACCCUCUCGCUCUACGCCCUGAGUCUGGUGGUACCUUGGAGGUGGCUGGCAAUAGCGGGGGAGGUGCCUGCUGUGCUGAUGGUUGUGCUGCUUGCCUUCAUGCCCUCCUCUCCCAGGAGGCUCCUCUCCUUGGGCCGAGAGCAGCAGGCUGAGAAAGUCCUCCGGUGGCUGAGGGGAAGUCACUACGACACACAAAUUGAGCUCAGUGCCAUAAAACACAGCAUCAACACACAGAGUAAAGUCACAUGGUCCCAGCUUUCCACACCUGUCUACUACCGGCCAAUCGUCAUCUCAGUGGUGAUGCGUUUCCUGCAGCAGAUGACGGGCAUCACGCCCAUUCUGGUCUACUUGGAGCCCAUCUUUGCCCAGAGCAAAGUCUCCCUGGAGCCAAAGUAUGAUGCCGCCAUUGUGGGUGUAGUCCGUCUUUUUUCUGUUGCCAUGGCAGCCAGUUUGAUGGACAAGGCAGGACGCAAAGCUCUGCUGUACACGUCAAGCAUGCUGAUGUUCCUGGCCGCUCUGACGCUGACCAUGAUCUCCCACACCACACCUUGCCCUCCAGGCCCCACUCCUCCAAACCUCACUAUGAGCUUGGACUACAGCCACCAUAAUGACAUUGGAAACGCUUUAGAGGCCAGCCACCAAGCUUCAGCAGGCCUCAUUCCUCUCAUCAGCACAAUAGUGUUUAUAUUUGGAUACGCCAUGGGAUGGGGCCCAAUCACGUGGCUGCUGAUGUCAGAGGUGUUGCCGCUGGUUGCCAGGGGCGUGGCUUCGGGUCUGUGUGUCACUGUCAGCUGGCUGACAGCAUUCAUGCUCACACACGCCUUCACACACCUAGUGGACAGGUAUGGCCUGUACGUGCCCUACCUGUGUUUCACGGUGGUGUGUGUUGUCUGCCUGCUGUUCAACGCCGUGUGCAUCCCAGAGACUCGUGGGCGCUCACUGGAGGAAAUAGAGAACUACUUCAGGACAGGCCGUACAUUCACCAUCAGACGGAGUCAAUCCACUGCACAGUCCAGCUGAAGCUCAUAGAUCCCUUUGAACAAAAAAUUAAUCAUGCACACGAUGUAGCUCUACAGCAGGGCUACUGUAAAACGAUAUUUUCAAAUUAACAAGUAGCAAUAUAUAUUAAGGGUCUACGUACAGAGGGGGUAUGUUGCAGAGAGUGUAAAACCCAAAGAUCCUUAAGACUAAAAACAAUUACCAAGAAGCAGGUCAUUGUUUUUACAUAAGUAAUAAUCAUGCUAUACUAAUAGCAUUGUUAUGUAUAAAUGUACAUGUUUCUUUUCUUACACUCCAAAUGCUGUAACACAAUGUUUAUUCAGCCUAUGGUUAGGUCAUUUACCUUUGCUGCUUAAACACACUAACUAUACUUUAAAAACAUUUCAUUUGAAUUUUAAAUUUGAUAUGGUUGUUGCUCAUUGUGCUUAACUAUCCAUCAUAUUGUUUAGACCCUGUGCUUUCUAGGAGACCAACAACGCUCAGUGAUGAAGGCGCAAGUUUUGAUGUUGUCAUGUCUACAUGUUCUAGACAGUAUUUUUGUCCAUUUUGUAUUCCUACUGUGACUUUCAAUAGGAUGGCUUUGAAUGCUAACUUUGCACACAGUUGUACAGCAAAAAAAUCACAGUUGCUGUGGGAUCGAGUACACACAAAGUGAUUUGUUCUGCAUUUUAACCAGCAAUAGCUGCAAGUUAUUUUGUUUAUGAGCAUUGACAGAUUAUCAUUUACAUAAAUUAUCUUCAACAGAAAAUCUGGCAAAGAAGAUGUACUGCCACACCGUUGACUGACGGGUGAUCUCUGAGAGGUGUGGUGCAACACCAACUUCACUUAUCAGUAAUGAAGGGCAGAGAUACAGAAAAUUAUAAACAGUUGAAUGAUUUCUUUUAAUCAUACAAUAUAUGUUACACUGGUUGACAUAUACAGAUUUUAAAAAAAUAUCUAAAGUAUAUAAUGAAAAUAAACUUGUACAUAGAUACAAUAUCCUUAAAAGUUGAACCAGCCACCUGAUCAGGUUGCUGGCUGCCUGAAAAAAAAAAAGGAAAAAAAAACAGGUCAAUCAUCUUCCCUGUCAAAAAAAAGAGGACAGGAAGGGAUGUUGCCAGCAUGUGGUGGCUCAGCAGGCCAGAUCACAUGCCGCAGUAUACUCUCACUGUCAAGGUUUGAGUCUGUUGUAUAGUAACCACAUAGAACUAAUCUUUAUUGUUAAUAAAUCAUAGCAGUUAACUACUGUAUGGAUGGACAUAGAAAAUUACAGAAGAACGGAAAUAUGAAUGUAAAAAGAAUGUAAAGAAUUUUGUCACACUAUUAAAUUGUACGCGAUUAUACAAGUGUACCAAUAUACCAAUUAGAAGGGUUGAACAUGAUCAAUGAUAAAAUCAUUUUUCAGUGUUUGCAAAGAAAUGUAUAAGAGUGUGUGAUCGUGCAGGGAUGUGGGUAUGGUUGAAAAACUGCUGUUCCAAACCCUUACGUGUCAUGAAGAAAGCUGGUAGUUUUUUACUGAUUCAGGAACAGUUUGUUUGUAUUUAAGACUGAAUGGAUAACAAUGAAUUUAUGCAUGGUUUAGAUAUCUGAGAAAAAUCUCUCUACCAAAAUAGAAUACAAAAAACAAAGAAAAUCAAAACAAACAAUGAAUUCUUUCUUUAUUUUCUAUAUAGUAGAGGAUAUGUACUAAAAAAAUGAAAGUACAUUAUGCUAGAUAGUAAAAAGCACUAGAUAAUUGCAAGUACUGGUGGAUGAUAUAAAUAUAACUCCUCAAAAAUGUAACAUGUCAGACACAGGCUUGAAAACCAUCACAAAGGUAGCAUUGCAGAGUUAUUGUAUAGGAUUGUGUUCCUGUUAUUCUGGCCACCCACAGUAAGUAAAUAUUAUUGUACUUUAGAGAGUAUGAAGGGACAUACCUACUGUAGCAAUGCAGAGAUAAUUCUGUGAAUUUGUAUAGUCUUAUGCACAUCUGUGUCGUCUGUACGAUGUUUGAUUGACAUAGAAGGAAGAAGGAAAGAUACACUGCAGGUUUCUUUGUGUUUGGGCUUGUGUGUGUGUGUGUGUGUGUGUGUGAGAGAGAGAGAGAGAGAGACCCUGAUCUCUUAAGCCACACCUUGCUAAAGCAGUGCGUUCAUUGAUGACAGGCGGGAGAAAAACUUUAAUACAGCAUUAGGGCAGGAAUCUUUAGUUUGUAAUACCAUUGUGCUCUUUCAUACUACAUACAAUGAAAUGUAGCCUCUAUGCCUUGGGCGUACAGAAAAACCCACCUUUUUCAAUAUGAAACAAUAGUUAAAGGGGCGUCACAGCACAUUUCUUACAUCAUUUUGUUGUUUGGUAGUAUAUUUCUCAGUGAAUUAUUGGUUUAGUCAUAUAUAAUGCUUCACUGACCUGGUACACUGAAUGGUGAAAUGCUGCCAUGAUAUCUGGUGUAUUGUUUUUGUCAAUGAUAAGGUGUAUAUAUUUUAAUUU